AUGGCCCACAAUGUACCGAAUCUUUUGCUUGCUCGCCUGCGUCGUAUGCCCAUGAUAUCUCAACCCCACGAAGCGCCAGAGCCUCGACCGUCCGAUAAGUCAGAUGCAGAUGAUGGAACCUACCACCCGAACCCCAUUGACAUCGUCGUCGUGCGCAUCAUGCUUACCCGCUCUGUGAAACUACCGCCUGACUUGGUCGACAUCAUCUUCGACCACGCAGAGUACUGGGCUCAUUCUACCAACGUCAUCGACUAUCAAGCAGACCAGCAAGAACCCCUGCGUAUAUGCGGUUCGUCUCGGGCUGAGAACAGAUCCCGCCUGGCUCAGCUUCGCUCGUACCCCGUAGGGUUAACAGGCAUUGAAGGCCAGGACACCUUGUCUGAAGAGUUGGCCUACGAUACCCAAGAAGCAAGACCGCUACCCAGAGGAACGGACUGCGAUACCAAGUAUUUUGCGAAAUUGGCAAGAUACCCAACACCUCGACUGAUGAAGCCAGUGCGUAAAGUCGUCUUUAAGAUCAAGAGCCACGACCAAGGGUGGACCAGUGGCGACAACGCUCACAAGGGAACGUACAAGGCGUCAUGGACUUGGUUUGAAGCUGGACUCGAAAAAUUUGAUGCCGCACACACAUGCGACGCAACCGAUGUACGACAGGAAACGCCUGAGUCAGGUAGCUCUGCUCUCCCUGUGAGCGGACUCCGAGCGGUCUAUCCAAAUGUUGAACAGCUGCCAAAGAGUGACGACGAUGGAAGCAGGGAGCCCGAGGACGGGAAUGGCAGCCAACCCGAGGUCGAAUAUAAAUACGUACACCCUCUUUUGGCCCAACCUGAGUGGGAAAUCCAGCGAAACUUGAUGGCAACAAGCGAUUGGCAAGAACACAUGGUCACCUGGUCAUACUUGGAUGAUAUCGAAGCGGAUUCAGACGCCGGCAAGGCCCUCGAAGAUCAAGGGCGUGGCAGGGCUACCGGUGAUGGAUCAUUUGUCCGAAGCCUAGUCUUGGGCGAUGUCGUUACCGUUUGGGGAAAGGCAAGGUUCGGAGGGUGGGUGAACACGGUGGAUCAUGUCAAGAUUGAAGUGUACUGGGCUGUUUGA